AAUAAUCGGAAGUUUCAUAGUAGACGACAACUCCCCCUGCCCAGGCUCCCCUCCGCCGCGAUUCCCUUCUCCUCUUUGCUCAAGGAAGCUCCUGCGGUAGCUCUCGGCUUCUCCUUCGCUUAUCCAAGCUUCCCUUUUUAAGGGUUUUGAAGGAGACAAGUUUGGGUUUGGCCUAGAAGAAAGGUUUCUGUCCAGCCUUAUUUAGUUAGCAGAGCCUUGGAGUGCUAGGGGAAUGGACUUGAUGUUUUUGUCUUCUGUCAGCGCAUAUGAAUGAUGUUCAGUGGGCAAAAAGGUCCCAAUGCUCUUAAUAUAUUCAAAUGGAAAUGGCAAAAUGAAUCAUCCUUAGAAGCAGGAUUGCUUAAUGAUGUACCACCAGAAAUUGAAUUGUCUGACUACCACAGAGCACCAAGUCCUGGGAGUGAAAGCCCUUCAGGGCUUCUUAAUGGUGAUAGCUUAAAUGUUGAACCAAUUGCUGACUUGGACCUGUUCUUUGAGAGGCUUUAUAAUUAUUAUUGUGAAAAAGGGCUUUGGUGUAUUAUAAUAAAGUGGAUAUUUGAGCUUCUGAGUCUUGCUUUCACCAUAUGCUUUUCUGGAUUUUUUUUACUGUAUGUUGAUUGGAAUGGCCUUCGAAGUGCAAAAUGUGGGAUGGAUGCAGUGGAAUCUGGAAUUAAGCCAUGCGAUCUGGCCAAGGAAGCCCUUCAUCAGCAUCCCUUGACGCCUUUUACAUUGGCAAAAUCUAUAAUUGUUGGUUAUUUGGGAAUAUUCUCUAUCUACUGGAUCUUUUGUUUCUUGAAAUUCUUUGCACAGUUGAAGGACACCCUGAAAAUCCGUCAUUUCUACUACAACAGUUUGAAUGUGACGGAUAAUGAAAUAAAAACCUUGCCAUGGGCAUUGCUUCUUGAAAAGGUUGUUCAGAGCCAAAGGUCACAACAGUUAUGUGUAGUUAAAGACCUUUCUAUACAUGAUGUUGUAAUGCGACUGAUGCGGAAGGAGAACUACUUGAUUGGCAUGCUUAACAAGGGUGUGCUUGCUUUUCCUAUUUCUCCUUGGGUGCCUGGAGCUGGUCCAACUGUGAAAUUUGGUCCAAAUGGUGUGCGAUAUCGGUUGAUUCUAACAAAAACCCUUGAGUGGACCUUAAAUUGGUGUGUACUGCAAAGCAUGUUUGAUCGAAACUUCCGCAUCCGAAGGGAAUUUAUUUCUGACCCUAAAACAUUAAAGAAAAGGCUCAUGAUAGUUGGUUUUGUAAUGCUUCUCCUUUCUCCAUUUCUUGUAAUAUUCAUGCUGGUCUACCUCUUCCUGAGGCAUGCUGAACAGUUCUAUAAUCAUCCAAGUACAGCAUCAUCCCGAAGAUGGUCAAAUCUCUCAAAGUGGAUAUUUAGGGAAUUCAAUGAGGUUGAUCAUUUCUUCAAGCACCGGAUAAAUACCAGUAUUCUUCACGCUUCUGGAUAUCUAAAGCAAUUUCCAUCACCUAUGAUAUCAAUUGUUGCAAGGUUUAUCUCACUUGUUUCUGGUGGCUUUGCUGCUAUUCUCAUCAUCGUUGCGUUUCUUGAAGAAUCACUGCUGGAAGGCCAUAUAUUUGGUCGCAACUUGUUCUGGUAUGCUGCAGUUUUUGGUACUAUAACAGCUAUUAGCCGUGCUAUGGUGACAGAUGAACUUCUUGUCCUCGACCCUCAGGGGAUGAUGUCACUUGUUGUCCAACAUACACAUUAUAUGCCUAAGCGAUGGCGGGGAAAAGAGAAUACUGAGGCUGUGAGGAUGGAGUUUGAAACCCUGUUUCAGUACACAGGAAUGAUGCUGCUAGAGGAGAUGGCUUCGAUCUUUCUCACACCAUACUUACUUAUAUUUGUUGUCCCAAAGCGGGUCGAUGAUGUUUUGCAGUUCAUUGUAGAUUUCACCAUGGAUGUAGAAGGUGUUGGUCAUGUUUGCAGCUUUAGUGUCUUUGAUUUUCAAAGUCAUGGCAACUCUAGAUAUGGUUCACCCUUUAAUGCACCUCGCCUCCAGAGGAGUUCCCAGGGAAAAAUGGAAAAAUCAUUCUUGAGCUUUCGCACUAGCUACCCUUCUUGGGAACCAAAUACUGAGGGAAAGCUCUUCCUGUCCGCUCUUGAGAGAUUCAGAGAGCAACAAUUGCAAGCGCAGGCACUGAGACCAGCAUAUGUCACUUCUAGAUUUCAGCAAUUCAGCCCAAACUACCGAGUUUUAAGCGAUAGAAAUAGCUACUUGUCAAGAGAAAUACCUGUCAACUAUUUAGGAACUGGUUAUCAGUUAAAUUCAAUGUUGCCAAUGGAUGGAGAGCAAAGGGACUACCCCUAUAUACUGGACUGGUUUUACACCUCACAGCCCCAGCAGUCCAAUGAUUUAAGAGAGGUUUCAUCAAGUUCUUCAGGCAUUGCUGAGGAAUGCAAUAACGACUUAUGGACUUCGCCUCGCCUGGCACAAAACGAAGUAACAUACGACGAGAAUUGGAGACACCUUCUCGAGGAUAGAGCACGCAGUCACCUUGAAGCUUCAACAUCAGCUCCUCUCUUUCAGGAAAGUGUGCUGAAACAUCACGAGUUGAACAAUGUUGCACACCCUACCACUAGCCACUGGUGGGCGCGAAGUCGGCCACAGGGUGCAGAUCCGCAGACUAGUUUUAUGGAGCCCCCAAAUUUCAACCGUGAAACAAGUCAUUACUACGAUAAUCUCUCCGAUAGAAGUUUAGAGGAAGAGGAUCACUUGGACUGGAGAAACUCAAGUAGGUUGUCUCGAACUUUCUUAAUGGAUGACGAUGGAGGGAAUUUCAAUCUUCCAUUUGAUGAUAUUUAUACAAGACAUUCUCAAAGCUCCCGAGAGAAUUUGGAUCCUGCAGAUAUUGUCUGAUUUACUCUCUUAUACCAUACGGUCUAAGAUCCAUUGAAAUGACUGUUCGGGGUGUAAGAAGGGGGUUGGCUUUCUUCCCAGGACUGGUGCUCUCUAUUCUUUGUUGUAUAUAAUUUGUUAUAUAAGUUAGAGACAGCAGAUAGGCCUCUGAUUGAUUUGGAAGGUCGAUGUGCCAAAGUCACCGGUGAUCCCUCCAAAUUUGUUAAAUAACCAACCUAUUGAUUCAUAUGUCCCCCACUCAAUGCAAAUGAAAGUAGUUGGGUACUUUGUUCUUGCCUUUUAUGCUUGGAAAAUAGUUAGGUAGGAAAACUUU